AUGUUUAGUUCAACUGUUGAAGUUUUACAAAAUAUAAUUGAUGGUGCAAUUGAUGGAGAAAAUCGAGCAGAAGGAGAGUCAGCUUAUGAAGGUUUAACUUCAUUUGAAUUUGUUUUCAUCUUGCAUCUUGAGAAGGAAACUAUGGAGAUCACUGAUAAACUUUGUCAAGCUUUGCAAAGCCAAUCUCAAGACAUUUUAAAUGCUAUGCAUUUAGUUUCAUCUACUAAAGCACUUAUCCAAAAAUUUAGAGAUGAUGGAUGGGAUGGCUUACUCACCACUGUGAUAUCAUUUUGUGAGAAGCAUCGCAUUGAUGUCCUGGAUAUGAAUGCUCGUUAUGUUGGGAGGCGAGGUCGAGCUCGUAAUCAACCAGAUAACGUUACAAAUGAGCAUCAUUAUCGAGUAAAUAUUUUUUAUGCUACAAUAGAUUCUCAACUACAGGAACUAAAUUAUCGGUUUAAUGAAGAUGCAAUGGAGUUGCUUAGGCUUAGCUCAGCUUUAGAACCUCGAGAGGCAUUAAAAUCUUUCAGAAUUAGUGAUCUUUGUUUGUUGGUAAAGAAUUUCUAUCCACAAGAUUUCACAGAUUAUGACAAACAAGUGUUGGAGAAGGAGCUUUAUCAUUUUGAGCAUAAUGUAGUCCAAGAUCCAGAGUUCAAAAAAUUGAAAAGUUUAUCUGAGUUGUCUCAAUGGUUAGUGAGAACUGGAAAUUCAGAACACUACAAACUUGUUUAUAGAAUGGUGAUACUUGUGCUUACUCUUCCAGUUUCUACUGCUACUACAGAGCGAGCAUUUUCAGCUAUGAAACUUGUCAAAACUGAACUUCGAAACAAAAUGGAAGAUGACUUUUUGAAUGACUCUUUGAUGUUAUACAUUGAAAAGGAUAUAGCUUCGACAUUUAGUUUGGAUUCAAUAGUAGAUGAUUUUGAAGAUUUGAAAGAGCGUCGAGUUCCCUUUUCAUAG